AUGGGGGAAAUUGCCCCAGUCAUGGUCAUGGACCCUCCAGGCCACUGGCUGUGUGCAAUUGGAGUCCUGGACCCAGCAACCCAGGAAGACCCCUCCCUUCUCAGGGUGACCCUGGGCUUCCAGCUCAUCAAGGUGGCUUUGGAGAAAAGUCUGGCAACUGUGGAGACCCAGAACCCAUCUUUUUCCCCUCCUUCUCUGACGGGAGGGGACAGUAACAGGUGUUUUCAGGAAGAAAUACUCCACCUGAGGGCUGAGAUCCACCAGCACUUAGAAGAGAAGAGGAAAGCUGAGGAGGAACUGAAGGAGCUAAAGGCUCUAAUUGAGGAAGCAGGAUUCUCCUCAGUGUCCCACAUCAGGCAGAAAUGCAUUAAUAUUUCUACAAAGUCUUUAGAUAAAAAUUCAGCUGUGUCCCCUCCAGUCUGGGAUGUUGUGAUGAAUUCCCCAGCUCUGGUCCUCCCCAGCUCUGCUUCCUCUACUCCUGGCUCAGAAACGGCCAUAAUCCACAGAACAAAUGGCUUGGGUUUGGAUACUUCUCCAGUAAUGAAGACCCCUCCUAAGCUGGAGGGUGAUGCUACUGAUGGCUCCUUUGCCAACAAGCAUGGCUGCCAUGUCAUUGGCCACAUUGAUGACUACAGUGCCCUGAGAGAGCAGAUUGCGGAGGGCAGGCUGCUGGUCAAAAAGAUAGUGUCUCUUGUGAGGUCAGCGUGCAACUUCCCUGGCCUUGAAGCCCAAGGCACAGAGGUGCUAGGCAGCAAAGGCAUUCGUGAGCUUCGGAGCAGCACCAGUGCCCUGCACCAUGCCCUGGAGGAGUCGGCUUCCCUCCUCACCGUGUUCUGGAGUGCGGCCCUGCCAAGUACCCACAUCCCUGUGCUGCCUGGCAAAGUGGGAGAAUCAACAGAAAGGGAACUUUUGGAACUGAGAACCAAAGUAUCCAAACAGGGGCGGCUCCUUCAGAGCACAGCUGAGCGUCUGAAGACCGCGAACCAGCAGAAGGAGAGCAUGGAGCAGUUCAUCGUCAGCCAGCGUGAAAUCCCUAAGGGCUCUGUUGUGUACUCCAGUCUUGUGACCCUUGCCUUCCAGGCACCAUGCAAGAAGCGCAGCCACCAGAAGUCCUUAAAACAGCAGGAAAGGUGGGCCUGUCCCCCUUUUGUGCAGCUACCUAUUUGCUGAGGAGCAUCUGGGCCUCGUUCCUCCAAGUCCACCGGAGGGUCCAGAAGAGGGAGUCAGAGAUGUAUCCUGGUGGAGCUGGGAGAAAGCCAGAAAGCCUUUCUGAGAGCUAUGGAAUACCGUUAGCCAAGGUCCACUUGGCCCAGCACUAAGCAGAAGAUGCGUAGUUUGCAUAGAAGGUUUCAUGGUACUGCUUCUCAACAGCCCCGCAGCUUGGGAACUAGCAACAGCACAUUUCUUGCCUCAUCAGCUGUCCUGAGACGGAAAACUCAGUGGAUAUAGGACCCUGAUUCCGAUGAAUGGGGCACGUGGUCCCAAUGCUGGAGCUCCUCUGGCAGGUUCUAAAAGCACACUACUGAGCAGCGGUGCCCUGCCGGACACUGCUGGUGGGGCUCAGUGAGCACUACUCAGAUCCACACCUGACCCUGCUGGGUUGAGUCAGGCUGGGCUUUGGUCUGCACUGUAGCACCUGUGUUCUUUGAGUUCA